AUGGCUUACCGGUCCAACGAGUUCGAAGACCGUUUUUACGAGCCCCGCCGCGAGAGGGAUUCCUCGAGCCGAGUCGCAUUCAAUGACGUCGAAGUCCGCGACAGGCCUCGUGAGCGCGAGGGCGACCGCCUCCGCUUCUUGCGUGAAGAGCGCGCUCCCGAGGCUGGUGCCAUGGUUUUGAGCCGCCGCGAGGUUGAGUCGAGAGAGCUCUCAAGGCCUCGCCAGCGCAGUCCGAGCCCUGUUUACCGCGAGCGUGUCAUUCGUAGGGCUCGCAGCUCGUCUCCCCCGCACCAUCACCACCACGACCAAGAGCUUGAGCGGUCAAGAGUCCGCAUCUCUGAGCGCGAACGGGAGGUUCGCAGCCCUUCUCGCGGCCCUCCUCCCGAGCUGAUCCGCGCUCGUUACGUUGAGCGACAACGCUCGCCAUCUCCUCCACCUCCGGCCAGAGAACGCAGCCGUGUUGGUGUGCGCAUCGUGGAAAAGGAAAGAGAGCGGAUCCCGUCUCCUUCGCCCUCGCCUCCACCUGCACCUGCCCCUCCUCAGGUCAUUCGUGGACCGACGAUUGAGAGAGAAGUCAUUACUCACUACCGCGAUAUUGACCAUGGUGUCACUCGGGUCCCUAGCCCUCCCCCUCCUCCCCGCCCCGCACCUCGACCUAUGACCCGGACCGAAGACCGGGAACUGGACAUCGACAUCACGACCUCCCGCAACAGGACCGACAUCGACAUUCACCGAUCAACAAGCCGUCACCGCUCUCCCAGUAGAGAGCGCCGGUCACCCGCCUUCAAGGACAGCAGAGACCUUGUCAUGAGCACCGACCGCCUGCGUAUUGAUGACCGCCAGUACUUUGGCUCCCGCCGUAGGGCUCAUUCUGCUGCUGCCCGCACCCCCGUUGAGGAGGAGGCUGAGUACAUCACCUCCAAGAUUGACCAACGGGGCAAGAUGGGCGAGGCCUGGGGCGGUGCCACGAAGGAUUGGACCAUCGUGGACGUGCCUCCCGGAACUGAGCGCGUGCAGAUGGACGGCGUCGGCGGCGGCUCUGCCGAGGUGACCUGGCAGCGCUACAACGGAGUGAGGCGGGCCAAGUUCGUUCCUGAACGCGAUGGUGCCCCUACUCCCGUCCCGGCUCCGGCCCCCGCCUUGCCCUCGCCCAGAGACUCUCGUGAUCGUCUCAGUGUCCAGGUUUACGACCGCGAGACUGAGAUUGACAUCGAGAAGACCAAGGAGCGUCGUGCGCCUCCCAAGAAGCGUAAUGAGAUGUGGACCGAGAUCACCAAGGACCUUGUCAUUCGAGACGCCAUCAUCGAGUUGGGCUACGACUUUGAGGAGACUGAAUAUUUCUUCUACAUUAUGCAAUAUUUGAAAUACGACGACGUUUUGGAGCUGGUCAAGGUCUCGGAUGAAAUCCGCCAAUUCCGCAAGCACCGUGUUCGCGAGAUUGAGUAUGAAAAGGAGUGGCGCGACGACUGGGACCGCCGCCACGGACAUCACCACCACCACCGCCUGCCUAGCAAAUACGACGAUGAGCGGGUCUACGAGCGCGAGGUUGUUUACGACAGCGCAAGAGAACGUCCCAGACGGUGGUAA